AUGGUUGGUGUUCCUGGCAAGUAUAAGGGGUGCGAGACGUGCCGCAGGCGUCGAGUCAAGUGUAGCAACGAACGACCAUUUUGCCAAAACUGCAUCAGCAGCGGCAGAACUUGCGAGGGUUACGAGAGAGAGCGAGUCUUCAUCACCGGCACGCCGGAGAACAAAGGCCGUGUCGCCUCGCACCCAAAGAAGACGACGCCUUCCAAGAAGCCCAAAGCGAGCCCCAGCCCGAGCGUCAAGGCGGACGAGCCAGAGAGCAGCAGAAGCAGCAGCGUCUUUAGCAGCUCUCCUCUGUUUCAGCCCCUGGCACCACUGACCUCCGCAUGGGACGACUAUGUUCGACUGUCGUCCGGCGGCCAAGGGGGAGCCGGAUUCCCAGCGCUCAUCACGGCGCUGCAGACGAGCCUGCAUAACAUGGCGAGACUCGAAGUACCGGCCGGCGGCGACGGCAACGAUGCAUCGCCCACGGGACUGUUGAGUGCCAUACAGUUUCCUCCCUACACGGCGGCUGAGUUGCUGCCGGUGGCGGACGAUUCCUUUGGUAUGAAUGCGCAAUGUUUCGUGCGCCAAAAGGCCACCAAUGCUGAGCAUGACUCGACAGAGAGCUACUGCGCGUUUCUUUUCGAGCACGACUCCUCGGGCGCGUCAUGGAGGCUCACACCCGAGCAGAUGACACGACUGGGUCCGCACUACUUCGCCUCCUUUCCGAACCAUCACUUCUUUGUGAGGGUGUAUCGCCCCGUGGCUAUGAGCAUUGCUCUCCUGAGCCGACGGGACACCUUCUUGAGGAGACUGGAGUGGACGACGCUGCCAUGGGAACAGCAUCCAAAGUCGACCCUCGAUCACUUGUUUGAUAUUAUCCUCCAGCUUCCCGCACUUUUCGAGCAGGUCGACCGAAUUCUGCUUCUCGAUGCAACACUUGCCCGCCGAACGCGAGCCCAAGAACUCCUCCAUCACUGCCUCGUCGUGAACGGCCAGUUUCGCCAGUGGUUGCAGGAGGCUUAUAGGGGAACGGAGGAGCACCCUUACCCGUUCUGGGCUGAGGAGCUCCGGAGCCCCGGCGGCGCCAUUCCCUUUGCCAACGCGUACACAUUCAGGGACGGAGUCACCAGCCUGAUGUUUGUGUACUACUGGAUGGCCAUGAUUCCCUUCCACCGCUGCAUCGAGCACAUCUACAUGGCCUUCUUCCAGCCAGUUGUCGAUGCCUACCCUGCCCCGUGGCCGGAGCUUCCCCCAAACCUGCAGAUUGACCCGACUCACUACCAAGACGGGCGAGAGCUGGCGGCUAACAUCUGUCGAGGGCUGGAUUCGGCGCUUGACUUGACUGUCCAGCCAGACUUGCUCCUGGGACCGAUGACGGUUGCCCUGGACUUUUAUCGGGAGGUUAAUGCCGCUUCGCAGGAUGGCGUGCUUGAAAUUCUCUGGCUAGACGGCUUCAAGAAGAGGCUGUGGGCAAAGGCACAGGCUGUGACUAGUGUCCUGCAGUCGCACAAGUGGUCCGAAGUGGCCAAGUUCUAA